GGGCGGGCGCUCACGAGAGGCCCCGGAGGCGGGGCUCUGCUGGCUGCCCGGAGAGCGGCAGGUGCGCGGGCCGGGACUCCGGAAAUGCGAGCAGGCCCCUCGUUCUCCCGCUGGCCUUGGACACAAUGGUUUGACCUCCAAGAUGUUUAAAAUCUGGUAGAUAAGCCAGAUACUGUGUUGCCAUAACCCCUUGGCCCACAUUUAAGUGGGACUGCAGCUAGCUUGGAUGUCUGAAACUUUUUAGGCAUCUGUGUCUGAACCCUGGUCCCUGGCCUGAGGACUACUGAGAGCUGGUUAUUUGUGCAGGAUAGCCAAACAGCAAAAAUGUUUGCAAAGUUAAAGAAGAAAAUUGCAGAAGAGACUGCUGUUGCUCAGAGGCCAGGAGGUGCUACUAGGAUCCCACGGUCGGUGAGCAAGGAAUCCGUUGCCUCUAUGGGAGCUGACUCAGGAGAUGACUUUGCUUCUGAUGGAAGCAGCUCCAGGGAAGAUAUUUCAUCCCAGCUUUUCAGAAGAAAUGAACAGAUCCGCAAGUUAGAGGCCAGACUUUCUGACUAUGCUGAACAGGUCCGAAACUUGCAGAAGAUAAAAGAGAAGCUUGAAAUUGCCUUAGAAAAACACCAGGAUUGUACGACAUUUACUGACCAGAAAAACAUCAUUCCCCUUAUGAUGAAUAAUUAUGAUACCAAUGAAUGGUCAGAAAAGAUGGAUCAACUUGAAAAGGAGAAGAGAUUUGUGACAGCUCAGUUACAGGAAAUGAAGAACCAAAGUUUGAAUCUUUUCCAAAGGAGAGAUGAAAUGGAUGAAUUAGAGGGGUUUCAGCAGCAGGAACUGAGUAAAGUAAAGCACAUGCUUUUGAAAAAAGAAGAAAGUCUGGGGAAAAUGGAGCAAGAAUUGGAGGCAAGAACCAGAGAACUUAGUCACACCCAGGAGGAGUUGAGGACCUCGAAUCGGAUGUCAUCAGACUUAAGCCAGAAGCUAGAAGAAUUGCAGAGACACUACUCAACGCUGGAAGAGCAGAGAGAUCAUGUAAUAGCUUCAAAGACAGGUGCAGAAAAUAAGAUCAUAGCCCUGGAACAGAAGGAACAAGAGCUCCAAGCACUCAUUCAGCAGCUGUCUAUUGAUUUGCAAAAGGUCACUGCGGAAACUCAAGAGAAGGAAAAAGUGAUCACGCAUUUGCAAGAGAAGGUUGCAUCCUUGGAGAAGAGACUUGAACAGAACUUAUCAGGAGAAGAGCAUGUUCAAGAACUCUUGAAAGAGAAAACAGUUGCUGAGCAAAAUUUGGAGGAUACCAGACAGGAGCUCUUAGCAAUAAGAAACAGCCAAGCCAAGGCCAUUAACACUCUGGAGUCUCAGGUGAAAGAAUUAGAGCAGACCCUGCUGGCCUCUGAGGAGCAGUUGAAGCAGAGCAGGGAAGUCGCAGCUGCCCAGGAAGCGCACAUUCGGGAGCUGGCCGCCACCAAUAAGGAGAGCAGCCAUGCACAACAGCAGGCCCUGGCUCGGGAGAAGCAGCAUAUGGAGCAUGCCCAGGCCCUGGAGGCCCAGAUUGCCUCCCUGGAGAGAGCACAGGCCUCCAAGCAGGCCACUGCAGAGCAGGGGAUGAGAGAACUAGAGCGAGAAAAUGCAUCCCUUAAAGAAAGCAGGAAUGAAUGUGAACGUGCUUUACAACAUCACCAGUUUGAACUAAAGAAGCUAAAGGAGGAAUGGAGCCAAAGAGAAAUUGUGAGCGUGGCAAUGGCUCAAGCCCUGGAGGAGGUGCGGAAGCAAAGGGAAGAGUUCCAGCAACAGGCUGCUAACCUUUCAGCCAUAAUAGAUGAGAAGGAGCAGAGUCUACAGGAAAAAGCUGAAGUGCUUCUCCAGAAAGAGCAGGAGAUUCUCCAGCUGGAGCAGGGUCACAAUUCUGCCCUGCUGCAGAUGCACCAGCUGCAGAAUGAGCUGGAGGCCCUGCGGAGUCUGCGGGAGGAAGAGGCCUCGGCCGCCAUAGAACAGGAGGACUUGUUGAGGCUGCAGGGCCCGGGGCAGAGUGAGGUGCUAUCAGCCAGCGAGCUGAGUGUGACCUCAAAGGCCAUGCAGGACCCCAUGUACCAGCUUCCAGCUGUAGGAAGAACACCAAAUGGUGAGGUUGGGCAUGUGGAUCUUGGGCAACUACAGAAGGAAAAACAAGACUUGGAGCAGCAACUUGCAGAGAAAAAUAAGACCAUAAAGCAGAUGCAGCAGCGGAUGCUGGAACUCAGAAAGACUCUGCAGAAGGAAUUGAAAAUCAGACCCGAUAAUGAGCUUUUUGAAGUCCGGGAGAAACCUGGACCUGAGAUGCCAAACUUGGCCCCUUCUGUCACGAACAAUGCUGACCUGACUGAUGCCCGCGAGAUCAACUUCGAGUACCUUAAGCAUGUUGUUUUAAAAUUCAUGUCCUGUCGAGAAUCUGAGGCUUUUCAUCUUAUAAAAGCUGUGUCUGUGUUGCUGAACUUUUCCCAAGAGGAAGAGAAUAUGCUCAAGGAAACCCUGGAAUAUAAGAUGUCAUGGUUUGGAUCUAAACCAGCUCCCAAGGGCAGCAUCCGGCCAUCUAUCUCAAACCCUCGGAUACCAUGGUCUUAGAGGGAACUACCCAAGGAUGGAGCUCCAUGGGUCAACACUUUUUCUGUGAAAAGAACACUGACACACCAGUCUGGGUGGGUUUUUAAUCACUGUUAACUGCAGUAUUUUGUACAAGCGUCUAAACAUUGUUUACAAGACUUAAGGCCCACUUCCCUGCAGGCUGACGUGAACCUCAGGGGGUAGCUGAUCCUAUGUUAUUCUGGUCACCAAACAGGAGGGUCCUGACACUACCCAGAUUUCCACAGUGCUGCUAACAUCUCAGCUUUGGCCCGCAGCCCAUCUGCACCUGAGUCCUCUUUUAAUGUUAGCACUCACAGCUGAAGCGGCAAGCACCUGUGAAGCAACAGCUUGCUCAUCACUUAGUGAUGAUGCUGGAGGUGGAGAUGCCCUUUGAAAUGGUGCCCAGCAGGCCAACCCCACCUGCUUCUGCCAGCAACAUACAACUCAAUGGGGGGGGGGGGCUUUUAAAAAUUCAGAUGAGUUAGAAGAGGCUUUUUGUCCCUUCCUCUCAAGAAAAUAUUAUUUCACCUUGUUUGUUAAACCGCCUAGAAUUUUAGAUGUGUACAUCUCUAAGGGCCAGUGUGGAUUAAUGAAGAAUAUGCAACUUUCUGGCAGUAUCUCCGUUUUACUUAAGAAAACUAGCAAAUAUAUAAAAAGAUUCUAAGUAUAGUACCAAAUACACUCAAUUGCCUUUUUAAUGAAUGUACUUGUCUUGGAUAGGUUGCUGGUAAACCAUUUUAAAACUAUUUUUUAUA